CCUCGAUCUCUUCACGCGUGAUAGAUGAAUGCCGACACGUAUCUAGGACCACAGGACUCGGCCAUGGUAGAACACUACUCCCGGAGAACUCAAUUAUGAAUCGACGAGGUCUAAGAUAAAAUUUCUCUAUUUCCAACUGCUAAUCUUUUCUGGUCGCGUGCCGCCGGUACCCAUACUUCCGAGGUUGAUUUCCGCAUCUCAGUAUUCUCGCUUUGUCAGUAUAGUUCGACAUCCAACAUGGCCAAGGAAAAGUACGUCGAUCCAGCCACCUAUCCUAGCCUUUCCGACCACGAAAUAUCCACCGUCCGGAAAAUAUACUCCUUCGCCGAGACGUACUUCCAAGACCCGCGCUUUGACGCCUCCCAUGACUUCAAGCACGUGCGGCGAGUCCUGGGCAAUGCUCUAACAAUCCUGGAGAAGGAAGAAGAGGAACGGAAACAGAAGGCCUUGCCCGCUUUAAAUCCCUUGAGUGUGAUUUUGGGCGCGUUGCUUCAUGAUGUCGAGGACAAGAAGUAUGUCGAUGUGAGGACGGACCAGCAAAAGAUGAGUUUGCAAAAGGCGGUGAUUGAGGCUGGUAUGCCACACAGCUACGCUGAGCAUAUUCAACUGUUGGUCGAGGGUGUAUCGUAUUCAUCGGAGGUGAAGAAUCCUCAACACGUCAAGAACUUGAUCGACGUCAUACCGGAGCUGGCUAUCGUACAAGACGCUGAUCGUCUUGAUGCCAUCGGGGCCAUUGGAAUUGCUCGGUGUUUCACCUUUGGUGGAGCGAAGGGUGCUAGGAGUCUUCAGGAAUCGAUACAGCACUUCGAGGACAAGUUGCUCAAGCUGGAGGGGAUGAUGAAGACUGAGACUGGAAAGGCGAUGGCUAAGGAGAGAUCGGACAGGAUCCGGGAGUUCAUGGAGUGGUGGAAGGAUGAGGCUGGUGCGACCGGUACCUCAAGUUGAACAACCACUCAUUUCCGGCUUUGAUCUUGGAGAUUGGGCUCCCCAUAGACACGGCUUCAAGAAUGCCUAUGACUCCCGAGAGGUUUGCCAACUGCAUGCUCUCACGUUUCUUCGGCAUCCCCGGGCUCGCCAAGAUCUUCACCUGCUUGCGCCAGCGGAUCUUCUUUCUCGUGGGUGACGGAAUGUGGUGUUGGUCCAGCAGACGUGAUCUUGGGCGGCGGGGCAAGCGGUGUACCUUUUCUUGAAGGUACAUGAUCUUGCUCGGCACUCUUCUUUGCUCCUUCAGCGAAUAUAUCAUCGAAGCCACUGCCCAAAGCGGCUCCGCCAUGAUGUCUGCCUUUGCGUGAUUUAGAAGGUGCGGAUGGAUUGGGCGGCGGAGCACUGGGGUUCAUCAUUGGCGGUGGAGGGAUGUUUGGGUUAACCAUCGGUGGUGAAGGUAGAUCCUGAGCUGGGGCAGGUUGGAAGGUGUUGGUGAAGCCCUCCUGCUGUCCAUUCUCCCAGCUCUUCCCAUCAGCAUCAAAUAGAUUUUCUCCGGGUGCCUGCACCUCUUCUCCCAAUCCCACAGGCAGGCGAUGUAGGGC